CCCCCUACCAUAUAUUUCAUCAGCACCCCUUAUCCGCAUUCGCUCACUCAUAUUCAUCUCUACCAUGGGUGCUCUGGAUAAUACUUUUGGUGCAUUCUUGAUUGGGGUCGUAAUUUCUGCCACGCUUUACGGUGUCACUUGCGUGCAGACAUGGUACUACUACAGCCGGUACCCUUCGGAUCCCUGGUACAUCAAGCUCUUAGUUGGCGCUGUGCUGUUAUCAGACUCAGUGCAUCAAGCUCUGAUCACACACACAGUUUAUACUUAUCUUGUAACUGAUUUCGGCGUUGCUGCUGACCUCGGGAAUCUUGUUUGGAGUCUAAUUGUCGAAGUCUUGUUCAAUGGCUUCACAGCACUUAUGGUUCAAAGCUUCCUUACCAUGCGUGUAUACAGACUAAGCAACAAAAGUAUAAUUGCAACUGUGUCUGUGCUGUCCCUUGUCAUUGGUGAAUUUGUCCUUGUCGUCAUAUACGUUGCAAAAUCUAUCCAUAUGACGACAUUCGUGCAACUCUCCACGCUCAAGCCACUGUCUAUGUCUGUGAACGCUUUAGCAGCUGCUGGAGACGUCCUCAUCGCUGCAUUCCUCUGCACGCUCCUUCAAAAAUCCCGCACUGGAUUCCGGAGGUCCGACACCAUGAUCAACAGGCUGAUUCUGUUCAGUAUCAACACUGGCCUCCUCACCAGUAUUUGCGCGGUCAUGUCCCUCAUUUCUAUUUCAGUAUGGGGUGAUACUUUCAUUUACAUUGCAUUCUAUUUCUGCUUGGGUCGUCUUUACUGCAACUCCCUGCUGGCUACCCUUAACGCACGCAAGAGUCUUCGUGGGGAUUCCCGAGACGAAAAUAUGUCGCUCUCGCUUCAGGGAAUUCAGAAAACGUCUAACAGCAUUGGUACUUCGCAAAAGCGGCUACCGAACAACAUCUCAAUCAAGAUUGACACCACGCAGGAGUACGUUCGAGAUGAGUACUCAUCUGCAACAGAACUUAAAAGUGCGCAAGCAGUUUAGUCGGGUUCGGAUAUGAGUGCCACGAGGGCGACGAGAAGCACAAAUUGUACCACUCCAUACAUUGGUAGAACAUUGGUGUUAUUCUUUUUUGGAUCGUUCCUUGCAUUGAUUGUAAGUAUUGUAACAUGUGAUCUGCACCAAUCUGGUCAUUGGAAGAGUCUAUUCCUUCGUACAUACCUGUGCAUGAGGACCAUUGUUUGAACACAAAUUUGGAAUUGGAAUAUUAAUACACUGAUUUGCACUGGAGAAACCAUAAUGCUAUUUUAUGCCACGAUCUCCAAGAUCUAUCCGAGAUAGCAGACAUAC